AUGGAAGCUGUGGGAACAGCCACCAUCCUUCGUUUCAUACACCAAUGUUUCAGUCACAUCAAGCAAGCCCGUGGCUUUGAAGACGGGUUCGAGAUCUAUCAGCUACAACUCGAAACACUCCUCUCUCAUUGUGCCUCUGUUUCAAGAAUUAUUCACAAUACCAGUGAGUUGGGCAAUCUGAUCGCAGAUACAAGAGAUCCCUCAGAUAACAGAUCGGAAGACCACGAGCCAACAGUCGAGACUCUCUCUGCCAUUCAACAAACUCUGCGUAAAGCCAAGCGUGACGCCGCAAAGAUCCAAGCUGAUUGCUUCGCAACGAAUGAUCCCCCGCUGCAAGACCUUAAUGCAGAUGACCACGCACCAGUACGACCUUGGAUGACGGCCUUUCUCGACAGGCGAAAGAUCCAAGCAGCGAAAACAAUUGAAGGAGUUAAAUGGGCUUUAUACAAAAAAGAAAUGCGCAGCAGAUUUAUCGAAGAAAUAUUUAUCCUGAUUCUACAGCUCGAGCGCCAAAUUUACUCGGAAAGUCUUGCGAUCGAAGAUGCUGGGUUGAUGUACCUACAAAACGAGCCCGUGGCUCUGGUGUGA